AUAUGAUUUAAAAUACUUGAUAUUUGAUUUUCAUAUAUUUUUAAAUAUAUUGCUGUAUCCACGCUUGGUAUAUUCGCAUGUAUUUUCAUACAACAUACGCAACACAGUUUGAGCGCAGCGCCCUCGCGCAAUUACACCCAAGUACGCGCAUGCGUUCCGUGAUUCACGUAUCGCCAUCGUAUCCCCGAAAAAGAUGGCCGCCACGAAAGCGUACGGUGGUGAUGUUGACGUUGUCGUUCGCACCGAGGUCGCGUCACGUCCUCGCGCAGCGUGAAAAUAACCGUGCGUGCGUGCGUGUGACCGCGUACGCCGUGUGGGUCGUGUCGUCGAGCAUCGUCGCGGGCGACGAACGGACGAGAGAACGAGAACAAGAGCAAAGGUGGUGCCCGUUGAUCCGUCGAGUGCGGUAGAUUCGUGCGACUGCACGGUGUCUCUCUCCCUCGGUGUGCCCGACAGUGGCCGACGACAGAACGGCCAGAGGGAGCGAGAGAGAAGAGACGAAAGAAAGAGAGACGGACAGCCAACUGGAGAAAGAAAGAAAUACGGAGCGAGUGCUCUCAAGGAACGUGCCUAUCGUGAUUAAAAACGAAGCCCGAAACGUCGGACACACGUUUACGUGAAAGGAGCGAGAGAGAGAGAGAAAGAGAGAUCACGUAAUCGGUGUUUCAUCGCCGAAGAGGAUAAGAACGAACGAAAAGGAAGCAACGCAAGGAGCUAAGCGGACAGGCUUCACCGGGUCGCUGCGCGCGUGAAAAAAAUCCGGCGAGGGAGAAAAAGAGAGGGAGAGAAUGAGAUUACGCGAAUGUCGAGUGUAUCUCAUCGCGCUAAGCUUCAGCUAAGUCGUCAUGAUCGUGGGUGGUGCGUGGUAGUUUCCCGCGAGUGAAACAAAUGCGUGCGCGUCGUAUGCGAGCUACAAGGUUGCCAGCACAGUGCGUAGCUGUCGUUGUCGUACCAGCAAUACCGAGCAGCCGUCACCGCCGCUGCCGCCACCGUUACAGCCGCUCGCUUUUACGCGCGACCCGAGCCUCCGUGUCAACCGAGAGACGGCCAUAUUAAUCCGCCGCUGCCGGAAUACGCUUCCUGGUGCGCUUCCCGGAAUUUCGUGACGAAAUAUCCGGCGACGAGUGUGCGAUCGGGGUGUCGUCCCGUUCUCCCUCGAGUUUGUUUUUCCUUCCUUCGCGUUUGCUUUAAACCACCGUCGCCGGAUGACGGCGCGUAUACGUGCGUGCAGCGCGGUGCCUGUGUGUACGACGAGCGGCAUAGUCGACGAGGUGCGUCCCGUGCCGCCUGAUGUCUACGCAUCGUCUUCGUCGCGCGGAGACAGCACAGCGGCUCGCCACCACCGUGUCUACCCCUUCCUCCGGCAGCAAUACCACCCAUCCUAGGUCCUAUGGUAGCCACACGCUUCAGUCAUCGAUCUCAACGACGCACAGUGGCCCGUUUGCCAGUUUCAAAGGACAAGAUUAUUUUUUUAAGGGGUUCGAGGCGACAUUGAGUGACAGCAAGAAGAAGUACGCCGACAAGGUGAGUGCACUUCUGUCAGCCUGGGAGCAUGUCACCAAUUAUAUUCCUGCGGCACCGCCCGAGGCCAUCCAGUCGCUCAUAGAAUGGGCUCACAGACAUACGUUGACAUUGGUAUUGCGCGGGGAGUGGCCGAAGUUGGCACCCGUCGCCAAAACGCACCUCUGCGUGACGCUGCAGAGGUGUGUGUCUCAGCUGGUGCAACACCCCGCUACACCCAGGUGUACCGCCCUGUUGGCUCUGGUGAACAGUCCAUGGACGCAUCCCGUUCUCGACAGCAUACUUAACGGCCAACCGGAUUCCGAACAUGAAGAGGAAUUCUGUUGUUCGGAGAAAGGCGAGCUGCUGACGAUGAGACUGAACAUACUCUGCGAGGACCGCUGCGAGGACAUAGCGGUGAACCUCGCCGCUGCGUGCGUACGCUCCCUUAGACGAAGCGAUCAGCUGCGGUCGCUUUCGGAGUCUCAUCACGUCCAUUAUAUGAUCGACGUGUACAUUGUCCUCUUGUACAAAUUGAAACGCACGCAAGAUAUUUUCGCUCAAUUAAAAUUAAUGGACCUCAACGACGGGCUUGAAUUAGUCCAGAGGCUCAGCGGUGAGAAGCCAACGAAGUAUGGAACGGCGCGUGUUUGGAGAAAUUCAAUAAAGGCCGCGGAAUUGGUCGCGCAGUACCUUGUUACUGCCGGGAUGGUUCGACCUGUAUCGGAAACUGGCGCAAAUAUUUUGGAGCAGAUCUUGAACUCUUGGGCACUGUUACACGCAAAAUUGAAAGAUGUCGCGCCGACCCUACCCGGCAUGAUUAGGAAAUUAAUUGAACCCGCGGAAAGUGCUCAACAUAUUUAUAUUUUCUGUGCAGUACUUGCAAAACAUUUUGGCGAGAGUAUAAAACCUUUGGUAAUUGAACUAUACAUUAGAGCGCUGACGACGGAUAUGAAUGAACUGGAGAGUCAGAAAGCAAAAUCAGACAAGGACAAGGUGCGCGAGACUGCCAAACGUCUCAGCACACAAUUUCUUAAAUUGGCGGACGUAGUGGAUAGCAAUAUAGGCAUUGCCAGGGAAUGUGUUCUGACGGCAUUCUCCUUGCAUCCUACCAGAGCCUGUUACGACAAAAUAAAGGAAUUGGCAGUGGCGUGCGGAAAGGCGAAAGAGGAUGAUAUUUCGCAAGAAGAGGAGAUAACUAUCAAGAAGGAGCCCGAGCAAAUAGAGGAUGAUCAUUUCCCUAUGUCGGCUAUCAAAGUUGAGAUAAAAACCGAGAUUAAGGAGGAGGAUAGCGUCAUCACGGAAAUACAUCCUGCGCAGUCUGCAAGUUCAACAGUUUUAGAAGCACAGCUGACACAUGAAAAUUCGACCACUACAAAUAGUAUAGAUUUUCAAAAUGGCCAGGUGACGAAGACAUUUGAACGGACAGAUCAACUGUUGAAGAGUCUGUUGGCAAGGAAACCUGACACGACGACGUUAGCAACACCGACCGGUGACAGAUGUCCAUUGCAUCCAAAACGCGAACCUUUAUCCGACGAAUCACUUGGUGAACUCUGUUUUAAUUGCGGCAAAUUUACUAGCAGCAAUCAGUUAAACAAUAAAUCGCAAUCGGAUCAGGUCGACGUGACGGCGGGCAAUAACGUGGAGAGAACACUAGACGCGUUGAUUCUGAUCAAGGGCGACGCGGUAACGGGCUCGGCCAACUACGACGAGAAGUCGGCACCUAGUCAGGUUCUAGAUGGCGAGAAACUGGGUCUGUCGCCGCAGUUAUGCGACGAUCUGGCUGUAGUAUUGAAUAGUCCACGCUACCACAUGCUUAGUUGGGUGCUAGACUGGAAAGAGUUGAAGAACUUGUGCGAGCGGUACUUGGAGAAUGCUGAGGAGAUGCGCAACACGAACAAGGAACUCAAGUAUCUGAACAUCGAUUACUCGCAGUUCAAAGACUGGCCAUCGGAGGACGACACCAAGGAUAUCUUCUUUGGCAUCGAGAAGGGUUAUGAACAAUGGGCCGAUGUGCCAUCCGAUAGUUCGGAGCAGUUCGGGAGCUUCCAGCCGGCAGCCGGCUACAAACGCUCGUCAGCACGCCGUAGUCUGGAUGAUAGUACGACGGAUUCUGACAGCGGUAGUGUGCUGCACGUGCGACGUACUGCUCGAUCGCGCAAGAUCCAUCGACUGGAAUCAUCUGAGAGCGAUUACGACAGCGCUGAGCGUAAACCAAAGCAUUUUAGAAAUAGGAUUAGCUCGGUGUCAGACAGCAGCGAUAGCAACACACAGGACAGCCAGACUGACAGUUUAGGUAGCGACGGUUUUCGACUGGAAAUCAAGAAAAAAUCCAACAAAUCGAGCAGCAAAGAGCCUGGUAAGAAACGCCCGAAGACAUCGAAACUCACUGUCGAAUCCGUUUCGCAUUUUCACAUGCUAGUAGAUGAAGACGCGCGUCAUACAAACACGCAUGAAGACGCCAGCGGUUCUGAUAUUAGCAGCAACGACUUUAUCACGCUUUUCCCCCGUGAUAUGGAUGAGACCAAGUGUGAGACGAUAAAGGGCUCAGCGUACACCGCCGCAGCGCCGUUGAUUAUUACCGAGAAGCAGAGUGAUCCGGCGGUGCUCAAGUCUCUUAGGAUGUUCAGACUCUCGAAGAAGCAGACCUCGAAGAAGCCGUCGAGAAUUUCGCAAAUCCUGCAGAAAAAUCUGUUGAACAAGAACAAGGACGGCAGUCGGACGGACGUGGAGCAGCAAGCGACGAACAACAUCGCAAAGUUUGCGUCAAAGUUGGGUACAUUGAAUUUGAAUCCGAAGAUCGUACUGACGCGCACGGACGAGGUUGAUCGUAAAUUAACGAGCCGCGUUAAAAAGCAGCAGCAACGACUGAGCACUGGCGAUAUCACUAGCGAGCUGAUCAACAUACAAAAAACCAUGCCCUUCUCUCCGAACAAGAGUGUGAUGACGUAUCAGAAGAAGCAGAAAGAACGCGUUGCGAGUGGCAAAAACAACAACACCGAUAAAAGGGACUUACUUCGACCGUGUUCCGUGGUGAUUGGCGGUCAUCAUGACCAUCAUCUUCAUCACCAUCAUCACCAUCUCGGCUCAGUCAAAUCCAACUUGGGUAAGACCAAGUUCGACAUCCUUGCAAAGGCCGAUUUUAGAGAUUCCGAUAUAUUGGCGAAGAACGUGCCCGGUUUAAACUCCCUGGACAUGAUGGUGCCGCCACGGCAACGUUCUACAGUGAACGUAGUUCAACUCUCCAGAAGCGGCAUACCGCAAAGUCCGAAUAGCGCCACUGGCACGGCUGCGACGAUCAACGUCAGCGGCAAUACGCCACCGCGACCAACGCGCACUCCAAGCGUGGCCAGUAGCCAAAGUAGCACCGGCGGUGGGAAUAGCAUACAGUUGCCGGGUACGCCGUCCUCAACGGGCGGCCAUGACAGCGGUGUCGGCAUGAGUCCGGCCGGCCAAACGCCACCGCUGAGAUCGUCGAAUCUUGGAACACCGGACACCGUUGGCGAGGACGCCAAUCAACCACCGGAUGCCGCGUCACCAACGACCAUUAGCUCGUCAAUUUCAACGACAACGAUGAUGACUGUUAACAACGUGUCCUCCGCGGUGCACGCCGCUAUUGUCGAAUCGUCGAAUUCAACGCGAACAAUGGCACAGAUACGUCGCACGAACAGCCAGCAGAACAAUCAGUCACCGAAAAAGUCACCUUCCUCUCCGUGCUCUACGCGCGCAAUCAUAACUGCAGGAGCGACGACGACAACCACCGUAACGUCUCAGGGAGGAAUAGUUACAACACCAAUUACCUCCGAGUCGCUAAAGGUCAUCUGCAAGCCAGACGGCAUUUACCACAUCACGUCGCUCAAUCCCAGUCAGUUAUACGACGGUAGCGGCGCGAGCUUUGCGCGACAAACGACGCAGCAGCAACGUGGCACGGACACAAGCAGCGGCGCGUCAUCCAACAGAAACACCUACGAUCGACUGAACGCCGGUUCCUCCGUGAAGAGCGCAUCGCAAUCCAGUCAGAAUGUUUUGCCCAAAUUUCAACAGGCCUUCCGCAAAACUUCUAUUUAUACUCUGUCGACAGAUGCGACUGCGAGUGGCGUCUCCGGAGCUGCAACGGAUACAUCGUUGAAUGCAGUGCAACAAACGGUGACAACGGCGUCGGCGCAGAAGACAACAACGAAUCUGUCGAAGGCGGUGCAGACAUCCGUGCCGAACAAUCAGCCGCAACAGCAGCAACAGCAAGCGAAUGCUGGCAGUAUCAAUGUGCAAUCGAUCAUUCCUAAUUUGCAACUGCCGGGCGGCAGGCAAAUAGUUAACAUUGUGCCGAGCUCUGGUAAUAACGGUCCGGCGAACGCUACUAUCAGUUCAAACCAAGCGGCUAAUCAGACGCUGACGCAACUUGUGCAGAACGCCAGCUCGUCGAGUGCUAGCGUCAUAUACACGCACAAGGUGAUAGCCGGCAACAAUCCGAAUCAGCUCAACAUUAUACCGGCGAUAUCGCAUGCCAACUCGAUACCGGGUAGCAGAGCUUCGGUGGUCAAACUAAACAUCAUCCGCGCGCCACUCAGACAGCAGAAUCUGGCGGGAACCAUCCAAGCUGUCCUCACGCCAAGGCUGCAGCAACAGCAACAGCAGCAGCAACAGCAGCAGCAACAACAACCGCAGCAAACUGUGAGAGCGGACAAUCUAAUUGGUUCUCCGAUCGAAGUGAACAACCAGGUGAGCUCGACAACUCUGGAGCAGCUGCGAGAAUUUGAGAGUGUACUGGAGCAAGUGAAGGAGAGAAGUAUCCAGCCGCAGGCCCAUCAAUCUAUUUCCAACAGCACGACCACAACGACCGUGCAAACGCAGACUACCACACAGCAGACUCAGGCGACGAAACAGCAACAACAGCAAAUAUCUGUCAGUGCACUGGCGCAGCAGUUGAUGAUGCCGACGCAGUCCAGCACGAACAGUGAACCGUUCGCCAGCAACGGCAACAGUGUGACAUUCCAGCAGGAAUCCGUGUUUAGUGGUGUGAAGAAGUCGACGCCCAAGACGGUUAAAACCAGUGCCACCAACACUUCCAAGGCAUCACCGAUACCGAAACCGCAGCAGAAACCGCAGGAGGAUGAGCAAACUGCUCAGCGGAUCUACGCGAUCUUGGACGAGUACGCUGAGCAGCUGAGAAACUCGCCGGAUCUCAACAACAAGCCGGCGCCCCGAAGAAGAUCGAAUCCGCCGACCAAUCCGAGCCAGUCGUCGAAGAGGAAAAAGUCGAGCUCGAGCAAGUCGAAGCCGGUGGGACAGCAAACUUCCGAACUGAGCCCCAGCACAGACGAUCUCGGCAGGACUAUGGGUAGUGAGGAUUCGUCGAGCGGCAUCGUACAUGUGCAGGACAGCCCUGCUGGUUUCUCCGCGCCGGAAGAGCCGUCGGCGAACGUCAGUGUUAGCAGCGUCGCCGCCGAAGCGAGCGCAGAGGUGCGCAAUCUGACGAGCGACUCGAACGACGGCGUGGAGCUGAGCGUGAAGCGACGUAAUCUUAUCUUCACGGAGCCCGGUUCGGGUCAACCACGCACGGUAAUCGUUCAAGAAGCACUGCAGCCAGGCUCGGUGAGCGUCAGCGAGGCGUUAGCCUCGGUUACAGGCAAGAUGGGUAGCACGUCGGUGCUAAUGCCGACCAGCAUUGUGCUGCCGCUGGUUAAAGGUGCUCAGCAAUUCACCAUUGUGUCUGGAUCGAAAUUGCUCGCAACCAUGCCGACAACCAUGCGCACCGCCGGUGGCAAUACCGCGGUCUCCAAUACUCUGGUACUACAAUCCUUCCUCAACCAAGGCAAACUAAUUUCCGCGCAGCCGCAGGUCAAGCAAAUGAAGGUGCAGCCUACUCUGCAAACGCUGUCGAACAACAAUCAGACGCUGACCGGCGCGCAGAAUAUGCAAAAUGCGUCCGUCGUGAUACCGCAAACCGGAAGCACGCAGUUCGCCGCAGAAACAACGACUGUGACUGCUAUGUCGGACAGACCGAAAGUGAUCGACGAUCUGUUGAAGAAUGAUGCUGUGACCAGCGCUGGCGGCGCGAUCACAGUCGAGUCAGCGGCGACGAACGCCGCUAUUGUGGUGAACAAGAGCAAUCCCACUAUCAGUCUGAUUGGAACACGGAACAUUAACGAGAUGUCGGAUAAUCAGCAAAUAUGCGGCGUUAUUACCAGCAAUCCAACGCUGCAGGGCACGACGAGACUCUUCAACUCGGGUAUACACAAAUUGUCAUCGACAUCUACCGGUCUGAAAACGGACAAUGUGGUUUGUAUCGCACCGGCUGCUGCGAUUUCUCAUUCACCGGAGAAGAAAUCGCCCCAGGACGGCCAUACUCACACGGAAAAACCAGUGUCCAUACAACCGGGCGCGACGAUCGCGCUCACCUUUGCCUCGCAGACCGACGUGAACGCUAUGCUAAACGAUGCUGGUCAGCAGCAGCAGAAAGAUACGAAGGAAGCAUCUACCGAAAUAACAUCCAGUACCAAGAUUAUUUCCCCGAAGUCUGUAAAGAGAAAAUUUGACGAUGCUAUCGGCAUGGAGGAAAACUUAUCACCGAGAACUUUGAUUGGUACGAACAUUACCACGUCGUUACAGAAUAAUACGAAAAUUGAAUCUAUGUCUCCUAUUACUUCCACGAACAAGCAAUCGAGUGUUAUCGAUAGCACGACACAGUUCUUGGUGACCGGUGGACCAAGUAGUUCAGACAGCCAAGAGUCAUCCGUGCAACAAUCUACUGAGACAAUUGAUGGGUCCUGCAAGGUCGGAAAUGGGAUGCUGUACGAAAAUGCACAUCUACAGGAGGCAUGGGAAUCAGAGGGCAAGAUCUCACCGGAUACGCCAUGGCGGUACGUUCCUGCGUCGAUGAACACGCUGAGUAACGAGUCGUUGAAAGUAUAUUCCAGGGACAGCGACAACUCGGAAAGCGUGCUACAGAUUAUCAACAAGGGUCAAGGCAUCGAGAUGGCGAGCGGGCAGAUCUACCAAUCCAACGCGAAGAAGUACUUCAUGAAUCACACUCUAGACACUCCGUACUCCAACAAGAGCAAUUUGAUGAAGUCGCAACUGAUUCCCAGAUUGGAUCGUGAAUUGAUGCAGCAGAGGAUAGAGAGAAAGGCUGCAGCGUACGAGCGUGAGCUCAAACUGCAGAAGAGCUUGUCGGAGGAAUGCGAGGACCUGGGAGUUGACGAGCCCAGCACUAGCGAUUUGUUCCCCGAGGCGGAUCUGUUGUUCGAUACAAAUCACUCGCCGUCUUUUGAUCAUUCCUCGCAGGACGCGUCUUGUAGCCAAUCCUUAGGCAUGAAGCCGUACAACAGCUCGUACUUCCGCUCGCUGGAUUCUUCAAGCGGCAGUAGAGACGCCAGUCCGACAAGCGAUUUCAAGAUAAAUGAACGCAAAAAGUGUACGAGCCAGCGCGCAAGGGCGUUGAAAGAUCCCUUGAAGAGGGGAAAGCGAGAAAAUCAAGAUUUGCAUUUGGAUACCCCGGCGAAGCAUAUACGAUUGACCUUGGACAACUUGAGUCAGGACGAGGCGUCGAACAGUAACUCUGACCUUUCCAGGUUGUCGCCGGCAAACCUCGUCUCACUGGACCACGACUCCAAGGAUGUGGGCGGUCAUCGCGUGAAGCUGAUCUCGAGAAGCGGUUCGAAGGAAGGCACGCCCAGCAGCGUGUCCAGCAUACCGUCUAACAUGAAACUGGACAUUGAUCUAGACUCGGAGUCGUUGCCGCCCAGCAUGAACGUGAAUAACACCUCGGCGGCGAGCUCGGGCGACGAAAGUCUAACUUUGUUGAGCGGCAAUGCGGGCGAUCAUCACACCAUAUCAUCGCCGUUGUCACCACUGGCCGCGGCCGGACCGCUGCUGUCUACGCACAAGUACACGUACACCAACAAGAAACGCGUGCCGUCGUCGAAAGUACGCAUGGACUCGUAUAUGACGUGGGGGAGUCCUAUGUCCGAUCGCACGAGGUCCAGCAGCGACGACGAAGACUCGAGCAUCAGCGAGUCGAUCGGCAGCCAGCCGGAGGAUAACGUUCCAUUGAGUAACGGCCUGGAGGAUAGUGUACAGACAUUGAAAUCCUUGUCGUCCGACCGGCAUUGCACCUACUUGAAAAAGAAGGACAAACUGCAAGUGAACGCGAGGGUGGUGUUGAAUCGCGCCGAUCACAAAGCGGCGGCGGCGGCGGCACUUUCCAAGCGAUUACCCAAGGCCACAGCGGAGUCGAUAGCAGCGUCGGAGUCGAUAGUGAUGUCGAGUGACAAAGCGUCGGAGGCUUCGGAGGAUGAGACGAGCAAUAUUGUGCUGAUAGAGCCAGCGGACUGCCGCGCCCGAAGAUCCAGUCUGCGUGGUCACGUGAAGAAGGGUUGCGCAUGCUGCAACGGCUCGCCGGAGCGACCGAAGAAGAAGACGACAACGGUGAAAUCGACGGAUCACAAGCUGAAGAAGCGCUUGUCGUCGAAGCAGCCUAGCAAGAAAAGGUAGUCCUAGCGAUUGAACACUCGCGUGAGCGCCGCAACGUGUUAUUAUAUCAUUAGGGUAUCGUCGUCAUCGUUGCUGGUGGCUUUCGAAAUGACGACGACGCAAGCGUUUCAGUGUGACCGAAACCGAAGCCGAGGAUACAUUUCUCUCGCCGAGGAGAACGCGAUUCGGACAGUAAACGAUCUUGAUUGCAGAUCGAAAGAUGGCAUUGUAAAUAUUACCAGCAGCAUGCUUUGACGCGAACUCCACAUUGAUUCACCACAUUGGAAAUAUUCAGCAUCUACAUCAGCUGAGAGAAAUAUUCUCUGUGAGUUAAAAUUAACGAUAAAUCCAUUUCGCGUCGAUAUGCGUGCUCGCGUACGGACGCAUGAACACAUGUGCGAAUGUACGCGAGAAAGAGAGUAGACGGGAGUAAUAGGCGUACGAUUUAUGAAUUAGAAUUCUCGUCGAUAACAGUAGAUCAUCCUUCUACCAUUAGGUGUUAACUACGAUAUUAGAAGGUACAGGUCAUUUAUGUAUGGCAGACUUAGAUUUAAAACGUUAAGGACCGUUUAGCGACGCAAUCUAGUCAAGUCGAUAAGUUUUCUGGCGAGGAAUAGAUAACGAGUAUGAACAAAGAGCAUUAAGGUAAAAAAAAAGAAAAAAAUAAGGAAACCGUAACGAUCGUUAAUAGAUCCCUCGCAGAGUAAAGAGAGAGCCUGAAUUUAUAUAAUUCAAUCUACAGUAUGUCUAUCAUGGCAAAGCUAUUCCACGUUGUAACAUGGUGUGGUCAGACUGAAUAGACAAAUAAUAAUAGAGUUCUUUCUCCGAAGAAAUGCUAGGAUAUAGAAUAACGAGGAUGUGCAGUCUCUUUGGAAUGCAUCGUCUUUGCCUUUCGUGUAAUGCUUACCUGUAUCUGUAUAACUCUAACUUUAUAGGAGGAAACAAAAAAAAAAA